AUGUCAACCGGAAGGAAAGGUCGUGGUCGCCAAAAGAUUGAGAUGAAAAAGAUGAGCAAUGAGAGCAAUAUGCAAGUGACUUUCUCAAAGCGUCGUGGUGGGCUUUUCAAGAAAGCCAGUGAGCUUAGCACACUUUGUGGUGCAGAUAUGGCUCUUGUUGUAUUCUCACCUGGUGAGAAGGUGUUUUCCUUUGGUCACCCACAUGUUGAUACAAUCAUAGAUCGUUAUCUAUCACGGGUCCCACCCCAAAUUAAUGGCACCAUGCAAUUUCUUGAGGCUCAACGUAGCGCAAACGUGCGUGAGCUCAAUAAUCACCUGACAGAAAUUAACAGUAUGUUGGACAUUGAGAAGAAAUGUGGUGAUGAGUUAAGUAAUUUGCGAAAGGCGGCCGAGGCUCAGUUUUGGUGGGCGUGUCCCAUUGAUGGAAUGAAUAGGGCUCAAGUUGUACUAUUCAAGAAGGCUUUAGAGGAACUUAAGAAACUCGUUACACAACAUGUUGAUUGGUGUUACAUUGAUAGGCUUGUAAUUCAGGGUGCACCUUCCCAAAAUAUUCCAUUUUACGUUGGAAAUUUUUCUAACUCUAACAUGUCAAUCAAUCACCAAGCAAAUCCUCAACAAACUCAAAUAUUUCAACAAUAUUUUUUUCAAAAUCCUAUGAUGCAAACUCAUUUAUUUGGUUUCAAUAAUAUAGGUGGAAUUGGCGAGUAUGGACCCUCGAGACUCUUUUGA